UCCCAACACAGUUCUUCCCCUGGUAAAACACAAACGAACGAGUUUUAUAGCAAAAACAAAUCAUACGUAGUACUUGCGAAUUUAGAAGGGUGCCAUUAUUGUAAGCUCUUUGAUUAUCUGAGGUCAGGCGUUUCAUUUUUCUCGGAGCCCCAGCUCUCUACGCCGACGUAGAGUCGCCUUGACGGAUACCGCACACGGCGUUUCCCCGCCCUCUUCCGCCGGGACUUCUUGAAGCAUACCCCUUUUCUUUCUUUCAUGAUUGAGAUCACUGCCCAUCUCCAUCACCAAGACAAGUCGUUAACCUCCUCCUUCCUAGGGGUUUUCUUCCUCUUUGCUAAAACCCUUCCAUCGCUCUCCUUAAGCGUUUCGCAGCAAGAUAUGGAAUCAUAGAAGGAAAAAUCGCAAAUGGAAAUUAGAAGGAUGAUAGAUAAAUCGAAUAAACGGAAAAAAUGCUUCGUCAGUGAAGAAGAUACCUCUACUCUUCUAGAAAGGUAUACCGCGACAUCUGUGCUGGCAUUGUUGCAAGAGGUGGCACAGGUGCCAGAUGUGAAGAUCGAUUGGAAUGCGUUGGUGAAGAAGACCACCACUGGAAUUACAAAUGCUAGGGAGUACCAGUUGCUGUGGCGUCAUUUGGCAUAUCGCCAUGGAUUAGUUGAUAGACUGGAUGAUAGUGCUCUACCUCUGGAUGAUGAUAGUGAUUUAGAAUAUGAAUUGGAAGCAAGUCCAGCAGUUACCAGUGAAGCCUCAGCAGAGGCCGCAGCCUGUGUAAAGGUCUUCAUUGCUUCUGGGAUGCCAAGUGAGUCCUGUUUGUCAAAUGGUACGACUGUUGAAGCUCCACUGACCAUAAGUAUUCCCAUUGCCCAAGCAUGUAGUAGGAACCCUUCAGAUAUUUCAUGCCAAAGUAUCUCCAUGCAAGGAACAAAUAUCAUUAUUCCAGUUUCUGUGCAAGUACAGCCACUUCCUAAUGUCACAACAGCUGAAGGAUUAGAUACUAAUGGAUCAUUGAAUACAAACUUGCCUCCUCGACGUAAAAGAAAACCGUGGUCUGAGGCAGAGGACUUGGAACUUAUUGCUGCAGUUCAAAAGUGUGGUGAAGGGAAUUGGGCAAACAUUCUUAAAGGGGAUUUUAAGGGUGACAGAACGGCUUCUCAGCUUUCACAGAGGUGGGCCAUUAUUAGGAAGCGGCAAGGCACCACGGUUGGGAACAACAGCUCUCAACUUUCAGAGGCUCAAUUAGCAGCUCGCCGGGCAAUGUCUCUGGCUCUGGAUAUGCCAAUAGGCGAUAGUCUUAAAGCUGCUUGUUCAAUCAGUAGUGGGUCAAAUGCUGCUAAUGGUAAACAUCCCGCUGCUGCUGCUAAUGGUAAACCUCCUGCUGCUACUGCUAAUGGUAAGCCUCCUGCUCAACAAGAACCUGCAAUAGUGGCACAGAAACCAGGAAUGGUGGUAAUCCAAAAACCACGGGUUCUCUCAAAACCAACAACUCCAAGCCCAGACUCAAUGGUUAAAGCAGCCGCAGUUGCCGCUGGGGCCCGCAUUGCUACCCCUUCGGAUGCCGCAUCCUUGCUUAAGGCUGCACAGUCUAAGAAUGCCGUCCGGAUAAUGCCUAGUGGAGGAGGAACACAGUUGGUCAAACCAUCCGGCCCAAACGCAUUGCCAAGUAACGUGCACUUCAUUCGUACCGGCUUGCUGUCCCAUUCUAAAACAAUGCCAAACGCCACACGGACUGGCAAACCUGCAUAUCUGCCUGUUGGCCAGACAAAUUCAGCCACCAGUACCACUGUCUCGGGACCUAAAACUUCAGCUGAGGUGUCAAACGGUAUAAACCCGAAAAACGUUGAAGAUUCAGCUAUUACCACCUCCAAUGUGGUGCCUAACGGCUCAAGCUCUACUCGUGUAGCCGUGAUUGACUCCAAAACUGUUGGAGAUUCACUCAUCCCUGCCUUAGGAAACGUGACGGAAAAGCCCAUUGAAGAAAUCCGGGCACUGAAUCAUUGUAAUGGUUCUGAAGACAAAAACAAAGCUGUUUCUGCUUCAUCUUCAAUUAGUGGCACUGCCAGUGUCUGUGUUCAAGAAAAGCGAAUUGACACAUCAUCAAGGAGUGAUGACAAUGAUGGGAAGCAGGGUGAGGUUGAGUGUAAAAGCACAGUUGAGAACCAUGUUGGUGAAAACCAGACUGCAGAUGUAAAUCAAAAACAUACAUCACCGAGUAUGGAUGUGGAUGAGAAGGUGGUGACUUAAUCCCUAAAAUUGUAUGUAUUGUUUGAUUCUUAACCCCUCUUCGUUACCCAUCAAAACUUUCCUUUCCCCUUGCCACCUCUCUCUUUUGUUCACCGUUUUUGGAUCAUGUGUAGUUAUAACUAAGAACACUGUGUUUUACCUGUAGCCCACUAGGCCCUCAUCUCCCUUUGUAAACAAAGAGCCGAUUUGUCGUUACCCUCACUUACCUGAUUAUAUUUCAUAUGUUAGUGAAUGAGGUAGGCCCUGCCUUGUUGAUACUGUUGGCUUGAGUUUACUUUGGACUUCGGAGUUCGGAUACACUGAUGGAAAAU